GAGACAGCGACCACUGACCACCCAGUGUAGUUGAUGUGUGGGCGACUUCCACCCAGUGUCAGUCUGGUUACUCUGACUGCGGUGGACUGGAGUAACUCGGGCCGCUCGUUGAGGACCAGCAGGAGAACCAGUCGUCCGUCGGGACCGAUUCACCCGCGAGUCCCGUCGCUGUAGCUCCGCUCGAGACAGAAAACUGUGACGGCCCUGAGUUCCCUGUGUUAUUCGCCAGUAACAUGUCCAUGUUCACCACGGGCAUCCUCGUGCUGACGUCUCCUAUCCACACUCUCCCGCUGCGCAUCGCUCCAGUGCUCAGCUCAGCCGCUCAGCUCGUGGAGCGCACGCUGUACGUCCACCUCCACCCGGGGCUCAACUUGGGGAGUGGGAGUCAGCAGCGACCGGCUUUCAUCCCGCCAUUCGUGGACCUGUCUGCGGUCAUCACCCGCCUUUACAGCAAUGCGGCAGAUAUAUGCGGGCACCUGGAUAUCCGGGUGUUGCUGACCAACGUCCGCGCCCAGUCGGGCAGUGUUACAAAUGGCCCCUUCCCCAGCCCACAGCCUCUGUCCCACUCCCCCGACGUGGUGCUCACAGACUUUCCCCUGCAGGACCCGGGUCAGUCGCAUCAGGUGACCCAGUGUCUGCAGAAGUACACUGGCCGCUGCUACGUCUGCAGCCCCAGUCUUCCCUCGGUGCUGCUUCAUCCUCAGCUGAUGAAGCUGCAGGAGAACGUGGAAUGUGUGACAGAGCCCGAGGGGAAAGCAGAACCUUUGGAAACGUAUACUGAUGUGGUGGUCGGGGGGACGUUUGACCGGCUCCACGGGGCCCACAAGACGCUGCUCAACAUCUCAUGCCUGCUCGCCAACAGAAGGUUCCUCAUCGCUGUGUGUGACCAAGCAAUGCUGAAAAAAAAAGUGCUGAAGGAGCUGAUUGAGCCCUACUCUCUACGGGUUCAGAUACUAGAGGAGUUCCUGCAAGACAUCAAACCAUCGCUGGAGGUGGAGGUCGUGCCCCUCGACGACCCCUUUGGAGUGGCUGUGGUCGACCCCCUGCUGCAGUGCAUUGUGGUUAGCGAGGAGACGAAAAAGGGAGGCGAGGCUGUGAACAAGAAACGCAUCGAGAAUGGUCUUCCAGCUCUGGUUCUUCACGAGAUCCAGUUGCUGAAAGACGCCCACCACACCGAGACGGAGGAGGAGAAGAUCAGCUCCUCUAGUCUCCGCUCUCGACUCCUGGGCACCCUCCUUACUCCGCCUAAAGACACAUCCCAUCUCCCUCCCCUCCCGUACGUGAUCGGCCUGACGGGAGGCAGCGGCAGCGGGAAGAGCUCCAUCGCCAGGAGGAUGGAGGCUCUGGGUGCCGUCCGGAUUGACUGCGACAAAAUGGGCCACGAGGUGUAUCAGCCGGGCGCCGCAGCUCAUCACAUGGUGCUGGAAGAAUUUGGCUCAGAUAUUCUGAAUGAAGACAAAACCAUAAACAGACGGGCAUUAGGAAAGAAAGUUUUUGGAAAUCAGGAGCGAUUAAAAGCCCUGACAAAUAUUGUGUGGCCGGAGAUAGCACAACUGGUGAAGAAGACAAUCAGCCAAGCCAGAGAGGAAGGUAAACAGGUGUGUGUGGUGGACGCAGCAGUUCUCCUGGAGGCCGGCUGGACGGACAUGGUCCACGAGGUCUGGGUCACCGUCAUCCCAGAGGACGAGGCGGUGUUGAGGAUAACGGAGCGAGACGGUGUGACCGCAGAAGAUGCCGUGCGCCGGCUGAGCAGCCAGUGGUCUAACGCCAAACAAGUGGAACACGCCAACGUGGUGCUCAGCACGCUGUGGGAACCAGAGGUCACGCAGAAACAGGUGUUGAAAGCUUGGAAACUUCUUCAGAAGAGGAUCCAACCGAGACAGUCGGAGCAUGUGAGGGUCCCUCCGAUGUCCUAAUCCAGACCUGUGCUGUGCGAGCGGACUUCAGGCCCGGAGACACUUGCAUAGAUUCAACUGAUCCACACGAGGAAACUUUGCCUUAGAAAGAAGCGCGAGCGGCCACGGUGCCUUUGCAGCGAUCCCAGCGUGCUUCCUCACAUCUCUGACCAAGACCUGCGACUUCCCACUGGUUUUUAAAGACGUUUUGCUGAAUGAUGGGGGGGAUGAGGGGAAAGAACUGACCUUGUUGCUGCCUUUAAAGGGAUACCGUUGUUUCGAAACGUCAGUCCCAACAUUCAGUCCUAAGUCAUUCAAGAUUGAAGACCAAACUUUUCUGCAGAGCCAGUAUUUUAGUCAGCUGACGACACUUUACAUGCUCUGUCCUCUUUUCAUGGCGUCUAUAACUAACAUGAAUGUAGCUUAGAAAAUAAACUAAUCUUAAAAGGGAAAGAGGGAAUUAAAUGAUGCAUCUUUGUGGUUUCAGGGGAUCGAGAAAUUAAGGUUAAUUUCAUUUUUAGUAUACAAUGAAUGAAUAACAUGUGCGAUAGAUUUAUAAUAUUACAGUCUCUUCGUGUUCACGCUGAAUGCAGGUUAAUGAACUGGGCGGUGGAGAAGAUCCAAAUUUAGGUAAAUCAAGCUCAGUCACGUCGAUUGAAUAUUGAAAUCCCCACGCUGCAGCAAGUCAGUGAACGUGGCCAGUAGACGAAACAGCUGUGUCUCGAUCAAAUCUGCAGAAAAUUGGUUAAUUGCAAUACAAGAGAAUGAACCUGGUACCAUUUUGUGUUGUCUGAGAGCCAGUAGUCACAUGACCAACCUUCUGCUUCCAGAUCGUCUGAGUAUUAGUGUCUUCGCAGCGGCCACAAAGUCGUGAUGUGUUUGGCUUAUGCUGCCUUUACUGUUGCAAAACAUAACAGUAAAAUACAGUUGUUUUUCCAAGAUUACAGGCUUCUUCAAAGUGAUGUGGCAGGUUGGUCUAAAUAGUGCGAGAUGUUUUGUUUUCUUAAAUUCAUUGUCUUGCAUGUAACCUGCAAACUCAGAGGAUUGCUUUAUAAGAAUUGGAACAAGCGGAAUAAUAAAUUACACUUUUAAGACCA